AUGAUGAGUUCCUUCAACGCUCAACUCAUUGAGAACGCCUCAUGCUGUGGACUUCAGCAAAACCUUACGUCUGAAUUUAAGCAAGAAGAUGUUGAUGCCAUUCUUGCUCAGGGAAUGCAGCACCUAAAUUUUGAUGAGCUUCAAAGGGAACAAGAGGUCUUACACGGAGUUGGGGAUUUGGUACUAGGAGAAGAAAAGAAUCAGGAGAGGUUGUCAUUGCUACAGCGUUUCGAUGAUCGCCUCCAACGUCGGAAGAAAUGUACCGUGUAUGAAUCAGCUGAAGUGAUGAACAGAGCAUAUGUCACAAAUUUGGAGUUGCGAAUGCACUUUUUGUACGGCAAUCGUUGGGAUCCGGAGGCUGCAGCAGAUCAGUUUCUGAGAUUUUUGGAGAUGAAGAAACAACUUUUCGGUAUGGACAAAGUCGUGAAAGAUCUCACUCUGAACGAUCUCGACAAGGAUGACAAGGAGAAUCUGUUAGGCGGAAGUUUACAAAUAUUGCCGUGUACAGAUCGCUCAGGGAGAAGCAUCAUACUGGAAUUACCAGGGCUUCGUUCCUUCAAACAUCUUCGAAAUGAACUGAGAGCUAGGUUUUACAUGUGCGUGAAUCUUUGGUCGCAAACGAAGCGAGGCGUCGUCUGGAUUAGUUACGCUGUAGGCCAAUACCGUGACACCAUGAAUGGAAAGGGCUUCGUGGAGACGACAAAAAUGAUGAUGUGCAUGCCGGAUCAUUGUGCCGGUAUUCAUUUGUGCACAGAUGAUCCUUCAGAGGCCGUCAUAUGCAAAGCAGCCAUGGCAUUGACCUCCGCUGAGUGGAAAGCGAAAACAAGAAUACACUAUGGAAGUCACACAGAAUGCCAGUACCUAUUGAAUACAUUCGGAAUACCACGUGUUGCGCUUCCGUUCACUAUGAGAAAUGAGGCAAUCUUGGAGGAUCAUAUGGCUUGGUACAAACAAUGCCUCAACGAAGAACACACUUCAACGGGAGGUACGAGCGUAGUUCGAAGUCAAUUGGAUCCGCCUAAUCAGAACGACGUCCUAUUUGCAGGGAGAAAGUUUAGCGAGAAUGGCAACGAGGAACUGAGGUUGAUGGCCAUGCAGUACUUUCAAUCAUAUGUAGGAGGAAAUCCCAGAGAGCGUAGGGCGAUCGUGGACACAAUGGUGGGACAUAUCAGUCGCAAGGGCGGACGCUUCCUGAAGCUGGACGACGAUCCCAGCUCAGCUUGGGUGGAAGUACCAAUGGCCGAAGUGCGUGAAAAGAUUGUCCAGAUGUUCCGGAACUUGCGACGUCCCCGGGCACCCCAGCAAAAGAAGACACGAGUUGCCACAUCGAGCCAUCUUCCACUUCUCGAUGAGACUGAAAUAGCUUCAACCGAUAUCUUGUUUGGACGAAGAUUUUUUCAUGAUGGGAACCAACGGCUAAGAGACAUGGUGGAAAGCUUGGCUUCAGAAUAUGAUGCAGCGACUAGAGGUAGAAAGAAGCAACUGGUGGACUCGCUGAUCGAGGAGAUCAAAUCAUCGAGUGGUCGAUUUUUACGACAGGUGAAAGGAGGAAAAUGGCAAGAGGUCUCCGAUGAUUCUAUGAUUCUCUCCAAAGUGUCCUCACACUUUCGAAACUAUCGAAGAAGCAAUAGAGACUUGCAAGAAAAGUAA